GUAUCAUUGCUUAACAUUUCAUUGAUUUUCUGUUCAAUAACCGCCAGAGAUCGUUGGAGACUUUUGAUUUCAAAGGACUCGUUGGAGUUUUGUUGAUAGACAACGCAGAAAAGUCCAGAAGGAUCUCUAUGUACAAGGAAGAAUGCAUAGCAAGACGAGAUCAUUGCAUUCAAUUAUGAAUAUGAUAUAUAUUUUGGCCUUUAUUGGUCUAGCGUUGACAAUAUCUUCCCAGGCUGGUACCUUGCUAAAGAGAGGAGUACACAGUGAAUCUUUGGUAGGGUACAUACUGGAAAGUAUGAUGGUAGAUAGUUUGGCUAAAUGUAGCAUAUUAUGCGAAGCAAAUGAUGAAUGUUAUUCGUUCAACUUUGAGCUGGGAUCAACAUCUGGAUUAUCGCAAUGUGAUCUGGUAUCUUGUAAUGCAGAUCAGAAUAAACCUGUAUUGCCGUCUAACGCACCUUUGAUUUACUAUGGCCAGGUUUCUGGUGGAGCACCGUUAUGUGAUGCAUGUCUGCACGUAAUGUGCCAGAAUGGUACGAGUUGUGUCGAAACGGGCCCGUUUCGCUCUAAUUUCACAUGUCUGCCAAUAAUAGAUGAGGACUGUGGGGCAAUUCCUACAUUCACAGGUCCCAGAGAUAUCCAAAGCACAGACGGGAGAGUCGUCCGAGCUUACUGUGACCAGGGAUGGACGUACAUCAUGAAGAGGUUUGACGGGAGCCAGGAUUUCUUCCGCAGCUGGGUUGAAUAUCAACAAGGCUUUGGUGAACCUUACAACGAACACUUCAUCGGACUUGAUAAUCUUGCUAGCAUAUUAAAGCAAAGAGGUUAUAAAGUUCGAUUUGACCUAACAACAUGGCCGACAGUUCCCACAUCUCAAACUGGCUUCGCGGAAUAUUCCGUUUUCAACAUGGCUGACGAGAGUGACAAAUACCGCCUUAACAUCAGUGGGUAUUCCGGAACAGCGGGAGAUUCAAUGGCGUAUCACAAUGGAAAACAAUUCUCUACAUACGACCAGGACAAUAAUGGCAAUGACUGUGCCAAUACAUACAAAGGUGCUUGGUGGUACCGUGGAUGUCAUAGGGCUAAUUUGUUUGGCCAGUACACGAAUGGAGAGAAUUGUCCAAAUUAUGCAACAUGCAUGACAUGGAGAUAUUGGCCAGAUGACAUUGCAUCGCCUGAUAACACCUAUAAUACUUUCAAAGAGGUUUCUAUGAAGAUAUUUCGAGUUUGAUCUUUUUGAACAGUGAACAUUGACAACCUUACGAGUAGGUUUACUUUCCUAAUUCUUUGACAUAUACAAGACACAAGUCUACUGUUUCGAUGUCGAAAAAGGUAACUACUAUAUUAUCAUAUUUUGAUAAUACAGAACAGCUCAAAUGCAUAGAAAAAAUGAAAUAACAAACAUACAGAAAAACAGUGAAUAAUAAAACAAAUAUUUAAUUCUAUCUUCAUCACUAUCACAAGAUG